GCAUUCCUCCAUUGAUUUCUCUCUCUCCUUCAACAGGUAUCAUAACAUGGGGAACCUACUGAAAGUUCUGACAUGCACAGAUCUGGAACAGGAGCCCAAUUUCUUCCUCGAUUUUGAAAAUGCGCAGCCCACAGAAGCAGAGCGAGAGGUGUGGGACCAGGUGGAUGUGGUGCUGAAGGAUGCCAAAGCGAUCCUGGAUGAACUGCAGGCCUAUAAAGGAGCAGGGCAGGAAAUCAGAGAGGCAAUCCAGAAUCCAAGCGAUGAUGCCUUGCAGGAACAGGCGUGGGCAGCUGUGGUUCCCUUGGUGGGAAAACUGAAGAAGUUCUAUGAGUUCUCCCAGAGAUUAGAAGCGGCGUUGCACAGCCUGCUGGGUGCUCUGACCAACGAGACGUACAGCGACCCGACCCAGCACCUGGAGCGGGAGCAGGCGCUGGCGAAGCAGUUCGCUGAGAUCCUGCACUUCACCCUGCGCUUUGACGAGCUGAAGAUGACAAAUCCUGCCAUUCAGAACGACUUCAGCUACUACAGGCGAACCCUGAGCCGAAUGCGGAUCAAUAACGUUCCGGCAGAAGGCGAGAACGAAGUCAACAACGAACUGGCCAAUCGGAUAUCUCUGUUCUACGCUGACGCCACACCCAUGCUGAAGACGUUAAGUGACGGCACAACGAAGUUCGUAUCAGAGAACAAGAACCUGCCCAUCGAGAACACGACAGACUGCUUGAGCACGAUGGCGAGUGUGUGUAAAGUCAUGUUGGAAACGCCGGAGUACCGCAGCCGUUUCAACAGCGAGGACACGGUGUCCUUCUGUCUCAGGGUGAUGGUCGGAGUCAUCAUCUUGUACGACUACGUCCAUCCUGUUGGAGCCUUUGCCAAGUCAUCUAAAAUCGAUAUGAAAGGCUGCAUCAAAGUCCUCAAAGAUCAGCCUCCAAACAGCGUAGAUGGCCUUCUCAACGCUCUCAGGUACACCACAAAGCAUCUGAAUGACGAAUCAACCAACAAGACUAUCAAGAGCAUGCUGCAGUAGGAACUGAGCUGCAACCACUGCUGGGGAGAAGCACCACUCACUGUCCUGAGGGAUUUAGCUGCACAGAAUGUUUUUAAUUUGUUUUUUAUCAUUUAUUCUUUUGUUUUUGUUUUGUUAUUCUUGGAAAAUGAGCUCAGCUCCGCCCAUUUUUAUGAUGCAAAAUGCUACUGCCAUUGCGACGUCUCUUUCUGUGCCAAACAGAUGACGUCGAGAUGCGAUGUUUUCGACACAAGGCCACGCAAAGAUGGCGGCUCGUGAACGCAUUGCAGACCCUCUGGUGUUUUUAAACAUUUCUUGUUUUUCCCUGAAUAAGGGAUGGGAGUGCUUUGACUUGAAAAUUUCAGAGAGAUAUAUAGAGAAGUAUAUAUUAUUUUGUUUGAUUGGUUAUUUAAUUACAACUUCUGCAUGAUGAAAAUGUCUUUUCUUCUAUUUAAAAAAAUCUAACAGUUCAAUUUUGCUCUGUUGUGCUUUUAUCAGUUAUGUUAUUGAUAUGGUACUUGUCAACAUGAGAUUUAAGAGUACUGUUUUUAUAUUUUUAUAAGUUUUAAUUUGUGCAUAUGUCUUUUUGUUCAUUGUUCUGUCGUAUUUUUCAGUUGAAAACUUUAAACUGUGAGGGGUGCAGAAUCGAAAUGGAAUCUGGGAUCUGUACUGUAAAUGUACAAUAUGAUGUGGCUGGAGACAUUAAAGGUAGAACUCUUGUUUUCUACAAAAAAAA